AUGCUACGAGGUAUAGCAUGGCAGGUUAGGAAGGAGAUCCGGAGUGACUCCAAGGGACAGGAUCAACCACCAGUUGAUCGGGGCUGCACCAUUGAGCAAUUUACCCGGAUGAGUUCGUCAACAUUUGUAGGAGGAGCAGACCCGAUCGUGCCUAAGGAUUGGGUUCAGGAGACAAAAGAGCUUUUGGUUAUUCUACAUUGCACUGAGGAGCAGUGGGUGCAAUACGCGACUUUUAAAUUGGUUGGGGAGGCUAAGCGGUGGUGGAGAGUGGUAAAGCUAGUGGAAGAGCAGAGGUCGGGAUCUACGUACGUGACCAAGUUUAUAGAGCUAUGUCACUUCGCUUCAUACAUGGUCUUGGAUGAGUCGAAGAAGGCCCAAAGGUUUGAAAAGGGCCUGAGGCAGGGGAUACGCGCACAAGUAGUAGCAUUUUUGGCCCAGAGUUUCUCUAAGCUAGUGGACAGGGCCAUAACAGUAGAGGCCAAUAUAUAG